AUGCCUAAUUGGAUUCUCGGGAAUAAGUUUGAUACUAUCUAUCCACACAAGGGCUCUAUCAAGACUCUGUGGGAAACGCGUUGGAAAUUUGCAUGUCAGAAAGGAGUUUAUCCUUUUCAUGAUGGAUCGUUUGAGGACUUUGAACCAAUAUUCCAAAAGCUUAUUUCAGAAAACAUCAAUGAUGCCAGCACGGAUGAGUAUACGUCUACAUUCUUUCCUAUUGCAUCGGACUUAGAAUCACAAGCUUCGCAGGCCUUGGACUCUGGCAAACCAGACGACGCAAUCGACCUGUUUCGCCGAGCCGCGGUAGUCUAUCGGAUUUCACGCUUCCCCUAUGUCGACAUAACCCAGCCAAACUCCAUCAAGCGAGCCGCAUUCGAGCGUCAAAAGCAGGUUUACCUGAAAGCCGCCUCUCGCUGGGAUCCACCGAUCAAGGAAGUUAUCAUCCCGCACAGCAGUCGCGGUAGAAAUGACGGCCAAGAGAUCCCGAUUUACACUCGCAUACCUAGAACUGCUCGGCCUGAUAACCCCGUUCCCGUCGUCUUUAUUAUGACCGGCCUAGAUGGAUACAGACCGGAUAACAGCCAGCGGACUCACAAGAUUAUCGGCCGUGGAUGGGCUGUCGUCAUCGCGGAAAUCCCAGGUACAGCGGAUUCGCCUGCCGAUCCUGCUGACCCAUCCUCUCCUGAUCGUCUUUGGGACAGCGUCUUUGCAUAUAUGGCGACACAGCCGAUGCUGGACAUGAGUCAGGUUGUGCUCUGGGGGCUCAGCGCUGGAGGUUUCUACGCCAUCCGAGCCGCUCAUACGCACGCAAGCCGACUCCGUGGGGCCAUUGCACACGGCGCGGGAUGUCACUAUUUUCUGGAUAAAGAGUGGCUUAGUCGUGUGGAUGAUCAUGAGUAUCCUUUUUCGUGCGUUGAGACUUUCGUCCUACGGAGAUUCAAGGGGCAUGCGCUAAUAAUUUGCAGAAUCAUGCCAGGGUGGACAAAGAAAUACGGCUACGAUGAUACUGAAGUCUUUGUGCAAGAGGCACGAAAGAAGUUCUCGCUGGUGGAAACGGGGAUUGUUGAUCGUCCUAGUUGCCGAUUGCUUUUGUUAAAUGGUGUCGCCGACGGUAUCACGCCAAUUGAAGAUUCUUUGCUGCUCUUUAAUCAUGGUAGCCCUAAGGAGGGAAGGUUUUUUGAAGGUUUACCCCAUAUGGGGUACCCCGACAGCUUGCCUGUCGCUUAUAGAUGGCUGGAAGAUCUUCUACCCUGUGAACCAAAGCAGAAAAACUAG